UGGAAGGAGUUAUCCUGUGUGUGCAGACUUCACACUGAAAUCUCUCUGUAAGACAACAGAGCCUCAGGAAGGACCUGCCCUCUUCAUCUCCAGUACACUCAUCAUCACAACAAGACGAUGUACGCUGAGGAGCAUAACCACUCACUGAACCACACUCCAUGGUUUAUCCAUGAGUGCACACUCGAGCUCGACACAGACUACCGCCGCAUUGCCCUCUUCCUGCUCUACCUUUUCAUCUUCAUGGUGGGCCUGCUGGAGAACGCACUGGUUGUAUGGGUCAACUGGCGUCGGCGCCACUCGGCCAAUGGAGUUCUCUUCUGCAUCAUAAACGUGAGCCUGUCGGACUUGAUGGUCAUUGUGAUCCUGCCGUUCUUCAUGAUGGAGGUGACCAUGGACAAAGUCUGGCUGUGGGGCCGCUUCCUCUGCAAGGUCACCAACCUCAUCUAUGUGGUCAACUUCUACAGCAGCUCCUUCUUCCUGGCCUUCAUGACCCUGGAGCGCUAUCUGUCCCUGACCAGACCCUCAUCUCCAGCCCUCUUUCCUGUGAUGGGCCGGCGUCGCUGGGUACUCUGUGGAGGCCUGUGGGUGUUCUCCUUUUUCCUGGCUCUGAUAGAGAAUGUCCACGUGGAUCUUCUGGAGUGGGCUGAGCCUGGCUGUUACAUGCUGCCUGCACACAGCGAAAUCGAAUGGUUUGUGUCUGUGGCUUUCUUUUGCCUGGUCUUCCAGUUCCUGGGCCCCGCUACUGUCAUCAUCACCUGUAACGUGCUGAUCGCUCGGGCAGUUCAAACAGCUCCAGAUGUGCAAGGUCGGCGGGACGUUUGGUUGGUGCAUGUGUACUCCCUGGUGUUUGUCAUGUGCUGGCUGCCCUACCACCUGGUCACAUUACUGUUGAUCACAGAUGACCUUAACCCCUUCGCCUUGACCUGCAACACAGUAGAAGUCCUCUACUUCUCGUACAGUGUCGUGCAGUGCCUGUCUCUCUUCCACUGUGUCGCUAACCCCAUCCUCUACAACUUCCUUAGCAAGAGCUUUCGCAACAACUUGAUCAAUACUGUGGUGAACUACCUACCCAGAGAGGAGACUAUGGACCAGGCAGGAGCAGGAAACCAGCCAAAUGCUACCAGUGGAGGAAGGGGAGAUCCGGGGAAGCAGCGCAAGUAAAGUAAUGGCAGCCCCAGCCAGUCUGAUGCUGGAUCAUAAGAAAGCUGCUGAGAGAGGAAUAGCUUAAGCGAGGCAUUUGGACUGAAGACGGAACAGAAUCCAGUCCUAGUGCUGCAGAAUACCAGAGGCAUAAACUGUACAUGUCAUUUCACUGUGGUCAUAGACUCAUUGUGCUGCUCACUAUGUAAAAGAUGGGCUCACAUCACCUCCCUCUCAUAAUCAACUGUUGUUGUUUUUUUAUCAUGUAUCUGAUCAAGGAAGGAAAUGGGGGGUUUUUUCUCUUCAAGUUGCAUUUCUCCUACAGCAGCUCAUGGUAACCUCAACAAUUUCAUAGUAAAGGGGAAGCCUGCACUACCAGGAAUGUGUGUGUAAAUAGAUCUGCUCUGUCCAGUGUCUGAUAAGAGCAAUCCUCAUAAACGUCUUGCAAAUGUGAGAAUGUAACUGAGCAGACCUGGGUUUUAUACCAUAACACAAGAUGCACCUCAGCUUGACAUACACAUUACUAAAUACUUAUUUAUCUGUUUCUGGAUGCUGCUGUAGUCAACAGGUUCUGUUAAAUGUAAUAAAGCUCCCCCAAACUGUUUGCAUUCAUUUACUUUGGAGAAGCUGAGUUGCAUUUUGUACUUAUAACAGCAGAGCGAUGAGAAAAGCUUGACGACAGGCGUGUUUGGAAGCUUAAUGCGUUUACUUUACUGAGUUUGCUGUUCUUGCCCUUGACUAUUUCAUUGCUUGCAUUCACUGUUGAUCUUUAUUACGCUGACUUCCAUUUGUUUCCAGCUAGAAUGUCACAUUCAGCAUUUUAUAUAACAUCCAGGCAGCAACAGGAAAAGGGGGUGUCAGAUCACAGAUGGCACAAUAACAGGAAGACACUGGGCUUUAAAGGGGCAAAGUUCACGAGCCCCCGGAAGCAGGAAGCUCACAGUAUUACACAGACCUCUGCAAGUUUGUGCUAUAAUUCUGAUGAUAGGUGGGUUUUUGUG